UCUGACAUUUAGUGGUAGGGAAAUGUUUCUUUUGGGGUUAGUUUUACGCAACUGACAUAUUUUCUUUGCGAGGUGUGAUUGUUAAAAUAAAAUAAAUAAUAUAAUUUAAUUAAACAUCAUUAUCAAAAAAAUCGAAGAUGUCUGCAUUCAAAGCUGUUCGUCAAACGGCCAUAGUCGGCAAUAUUUUGAAUAAUUGGAAUAGUGGAACUUCUGUAACUCGCAGAGCAUUGAAUACCGCGAGAAUUAUACGCAGUAACCGAGGUGCUUAUGCCGCUUUACUUCAUUGUUACCAUUGUCAACCUGCAUUGAGCUCACCUUCCCCGGCCCUUCAACAAUACGUGCGUCAGUAUGCGGCCGAAAAAAAAGUAUUUGAACGCACAAAGCCGCAUUGUAAUGUAGGCACAAUUGGUCAUGUUGAUCAUGGCAAAACUACAUUAACUGCAGCAAUAACAAAAGUCUUAGCCGAUAAGAAAUUAGCAGAAAGCAAGAAGUAUAAUGAAAUUGAUAAUGCACCUGAGGAAAAGGCACGUGGAAUCACCAUUAAUGUAGCACAUAUUGAAUAUCAGACAGAGAAUCGGCACUAUGGUCAUACUGAUUGUCCUGGUCAUGCUGAUUACAUAAAAAAUAUGAUUACAGGUACUGCACAGAUGGACGGUGCAAUUUUGGUGGUAGCAGCUACUGACGGAGCUAUGCCACAGACUAGAGAACAUUUGUUGCUUGCAAAGCAGAUUGGUAUAAAUCAUAUUGUCGUAUUUAUAAAUAAAGUAGAUGCAGCCGAUCAAGAAAUGGUUGAUUUAGUAGAAAUGGAAAUACGUGAACUUAUGUCUGAAAUGGGUUAUGAUGGUGAUAACGUUCCUAUUGUUAAAGGAUCAGCGUUAUGUGCUUUGGAAGGAAAUAAACCAGAAAUUGGUUCAGAAGCAAUAAUAAAAUUACUUGCUGAGGUUGAUAGAUUUAUACCAACACCCGUGCGUGAAUUAGAUAAACCAUUCCUUUUACCAGUUGAAAACGUUUAUUCUAUUCCUGGACGCGGAACUGUUGUGACAGGCCGUUUGGAACGUGGAAUUGUUAAAAAGGGAAUGGAAUGUGAAUUUGUUGGCUACAAUAAAGUACUAAAAUCAACUGUAACCGGGGUUGAAAUGUUCCAUCAAAUUUUAGAGGAAGCUCAAGCCGGUGAUCAAUUAGGUGCAUUAGUUCGAGGUGUCAAACGUGACGAUAUCAAGCGCGGUAUGGUUAUGUGCAAACCAGGUACCGUGAAGGCACUGGAUCAACUUGAGGCACAAGUGUACAUAUUAUCUAAAGAAGAAGGUGGUAGACCAAAACCAUUUAUGUCUUUCAUUCAAUUGCAAAUGUUCUCACGUACAUGGGAUUGUGCUGUCCAAGUCCAAAUACCCGAUAAAGAAAUGGUUAUGCCUGGUGAAGAUACUAAACUUAUUUUACGCUUAAUACGGCCUAUGGUGUUAGAACAAGGACAACGUUUUACAUUACGUGAUGGUAAUCUAACACUUGGCACUGGAGUUGUGACGAAAGUUUUAGCAACAUUAAGUGAAAGUGAACGUUUAGAACUGACAGAAGGCAAGAAAGCACGAGAGAAAAAACAAGCCGCUAAAAAGUAAAACUUGUUUGCAGGAUACAUAUUGCCUUUUAAUUGUCUUUUAUAAUUAAAAAUACUUAAAUAUAGUUUUAAUACAUAUAUAAUUAGUUUAUGGAUGUCUUAAUUUCUAACAUUGUACUUUUGAAAUUUUUAAUUCAAUACAAAAUGUAAACAAUAAGAAACGAGAAAUGUUAAUUGAGGUCUCUUGAAGUAAGAAAUAAAAAGCUUAAAAAGUAUUGUAUUCAAAUGUU